AUGACGUCCAAUACGACUAGCACCAACUCUACAACGGAGCCGUACUUCAUCGUGUUUGUAAGUGACCGCGUGUACACCCUCAUCCAGUACAUCAUCUUCUACUGCAUCUGGCCCGUCGUCAUCCUCGCCGGCAUUCUAUCCAACACGCUCAACAUCGUCGUCUUCGUCAAAAUCGGUGUCAAGGACAGCAUGAUGGCAUCGUUUCUAGCACUGUCCACUACUGACCUCGCCUACCUGUUGUGCGCAUCACUUCCUGCCUCUGCAACAAUUAUUGGACUUUCUGGCACCAUGAGCUCCAUGCCGAUAAACGCGUUUUUUCUAGCAGGAGUCGCCGUGCAGUACCAAGCUCUAUUUUUAGACAUUUCUCUAGGAAUCAUCGCCUACGUCUCCGUAGCUAAAUGCUGCUGUGUUGUCAUAGCCCUCAAGUUUAAAUCCGUGUUCACAUUAAAGCGGACGUUCGUCGUGUUAGUUCUCAUAAUUUUGGCAGCACUGGCUACCAGACUUCCGGUUUUCACCUCCAUGGGUCUCAGCUGGGUCUGGAAUUCCCAAACCAACAAGUCCCAGUUGGUCGGUUGGUUUACCAAAGACUUCAAACCGUCGAUUGAUUUCGUCAACGCUUUAAACAAAACCGCCUACCCCAACGUUAUUUUCGUCAUCGUUCUCAUCUGUUCCAUCAUCCUUUCAUCGUCUUUAGUUGAAGCUUCGGCAGUUAGGAUGAAAAUGACGUCGGGAGGUAAUAAAAUAAACGCAUUUUCAACAAAACAACAAUCUGGUCAUGACGGUGGAUUUGAAAACCACGAAGAAAAGUUUUCAACAACUUUGAGCAAACGUGACAUCCACGUGAUCCGACAAGUUGUCACGGUGGCGAUCACGCUGAUGAUCACGGUGCUGAUUCUGUCAGUUAUCAGCCUUGCUGACGUGUUCGUCCCUGACUUCUACUCCACCGGCAGGUACAGGCAGCUCUUCAACAUCAUCGAGACCAUCGGCUACACCUGCACGCACCUGCACGCAGGUGUUCACCUGGCUAUCUACCUGAGGUUUAACUCACAGUUUAGGACCACCUGCAGGCAAAUGUUUGGUAUCGAAACCUAG